AUGUCGGCAGAGAAGGAGGCCGCUUUCAACGCGGCAGUGCCAACUCCUACAAUCCCAGAGGAGCCCACGAUAGCUACUCCGGAGUCGACUCGUCCACCGCCCAAUGACCGCCUAAGCAUCCCCUUCAAUUGGCGACUACCUCUCACCACCGUCCUCGCCUCCUUUGCCGGUUUUGGUCUCGGUCUCACCCAUGGCGGUCAACUUUCUGGUCUCCGUUUCCGCGCCGAGAAUGCCCAUCGUCUUCCCACCUCGCAGGUCGGCUGGUACCUCUACCACAAAUCAAAAAACUACCACAUCAUGCUGGGUGGCAUUAAAGAAGGCUUCCGCAUGGGCGCACGUCUCUCUUUCUGGACUGCCAUUUUCUUCGUCUUCGAGGAGGCCGUUGACAGAUUCAGAGGUGCCAGGGACUUUAUGAGCACUGUCAUUGCUGCUAUGGGCACUGCUGGUGGCUUCAGCGCCUGGAAUCGCUUCCCUGUUCAGACUGCCGCGAGGACUGCUACUAUGGGCUUGAAGUUUGGUCUUGUCUUUGGUCUCAUGCAGGAUGCUCUCAGUGUCGCUAGAGGAAGAAGAGUCGGUUAUGUCGAGUUUGUCAGGAGACAGCUCUUUGGUGCCAGAGAAGAGUCAAAAAACAAAGUCCUGGCCUCGCCCAUCUGA